AUGCAACGAACUCCCCCUCCAACUUCAUAUUUGUCGCAUCUUGUUGUUUGUGCGAUCCCUCUAUAUCCCUCCCUUCUUCCCUCUACCUCUCUCUCUCUCUCUCUCUCUCUCUCUCUCUCUCUUCCCUUCUCAGGUCGCGUGCAGUCACCGACGUAUAUCUUCUUCUCCUUUUUCCUACAUAAUUUCAUAAAAUGCAUUGUAAAGAGGGCUCUUUGGGAUCGUCUCAGAUUCUAAAUUCCAAGAUCUUUGCAGACGAACAGUAUAGAGGUAGGAAAUGAUUUUAUGAAUUGGGAGAGAUGCUGAUUUGGCGAGACCUUGUUGUGUAUGCCUUUCAGCUAUUGCUUACAUUAGGUUAAUUAUGUGAGGAAUGUCUUUGAUUCAGAAGCAUGCGCAGAUAUAUAUGUAUAUCUAACCAAACAGUAUUAUUAUAGGAUGGAGUUGACCGCCCUCAUGUCACCUUCGACACCGUCAAGGAAAUGCAGUCGCCCCGGUUCCGUGCCAUCAUGAGGGCAACGAGCGGCCCUAAGAGGCGGCUCUGCGUCGACGUCAAGAGCUUCUCUCACGAGUUGAAUUCCAAGUGUCCACUACAUUAUCAUUAUCGGAUUCAACGUGCCGAGGUAUAACUUGGAAGUUGAGGAGAAGAAAGAUGCUUGAUUAUAUUAUUACCCAUGUAACAAGGGGUGAUAGUGCGCACAUGGAUAAUUUAAUUUCUUGUUACAGGAUACAAAAGAAAAAAUGAAGUUGAAAUUUAGUCGCUUGAAGGACGAGGUCAACUCAGAGUUGGAAAUUUUCGCUGGUGAUCUAAUUGGAUUUCUCGAGAAGUCGGGAAAUGAUCAUCCUAAGUGGAGGGAGACGGUAGAAGACCUAUUGAUCAUCGCCCGGGAAUGCGCUGAAAUGUCGUCUGAUGAAUUCUGGUCAAGAUGCGAACUAAUUGUUCAGAAUGUAGACGACCGCCGGCAGGAACUGCAGAUGGGAACCCUGAAACAGGCCCACACACGUAUGCUCUUCAUCCUCACUCGCUGCACCCGCCUAUUGCAAUUUCAAAAUGACGGAGCUCUUCCCGAGGUCGACCAUAUUCUUGGCCUUCACCAAUUGAGCGACCUGGGUGUCUAUCCUAGGGGAGUAAUCAGUCACAAUGUGAAAAAUUUGAUAAGUACAAAGGAUAUGAUGCUGAAGGAUAAGCCCACACAGAUGUUGACUCAACAAAGUGUUUCACCUGGAAGUAGGGACAGGAUAUCUUCAUGGAAAAAGCUGCCUUCAUCUGCAGAAAGAAAUAUGAAAAAGAACGAGGAAGUGAAUGAUGAUGUCUCUAUUGAGAAAGGAGGCUCUUUGACACUCGCGAGCAAAACUAGGAUUGGACAAGACGGGAAAGCUAGAAACAACCAGCAUGCCUCAAGCUCUCCUAAGAAGUUAGAUGAUUCUUUAGAUUCAUCUUCAAUAAUCCGAGAAUACAAACAUGCACAGCUUGAUGGAGAGUUAGCUAUGAUUUGCCGCAUUUGUGACAUUCGAAUACCAAGAGCACAAGCAGAAGAGCACUCUAAUAUUUGUGCAGUUGCCAAUAAAUGUGAUAUAAAGGGUUUGAGCAUAAAUGAGCGCUUGAAGAGAGUUGCUGAGGUUCUUCAAAAGAUAUUAGAAUGUUGGUCUUCGAAGAGCGUCGAGACUGCAUCAGUCGUCCAUGAUUUUUCAGACGUUUCUACAUCAAAUAUGGCAGAAUUAUCUGAUGCUUUCUCACAAACUCAAAAUAACUCAUGCCAUCCAUUGUCUAACAUUGAAGUAGAUUAUUCUCCAAGAUAUUCUGAAUCUAGUAAUAUAAGCAACAUAGACAAUAUUCCAAUAAUUAUAUGCAAGAGAGACACCCAAUCAGUGGCGUCGUCAUCAACAGGAAGCCGUACGCCACGGUCGUCUCCAUCAACACCAAGGCACGCACAUAUGGACUUCCUGAUAACUAGCAGUAUAUUUUCAGAAAGAGAGAACUUUCAACAGGUCUUUUAUCAAUUUUUUCUCUUUCAAAUAAUACUCAAGAAAUAGCACAUUAUUUUGAACUGAAUUUUUUUCUUUUUGUGGAUGACCUUAUUUUCCUAGUUAAGCGGUUGUAAAUAGUGUGGUCAUUCAUUUGAAUGUCACUCGAUGUGUAUGGUUUAUAAAAAUUAAUAUUUUUUCUGAAUAUUUCUUCAUUCAAGUAAUAAUUCAGUUGAUUUUUAUGAAAUGUCAUAACCACCAUAAUAUACUAAUCCCAUUCACCACAAGCGUAACCACUCUUGAUAGCCUUGACAUACUUUGGCAGCUUCUCUAAUCCUAUUGCCACCAUAAUAUUUUUUUGAUCUCCCUUUACUGUUAUUGAUCGCAUGAGCUUUUAGAAGAGCAGCUAACUUUACUUAGCUUUAUCUACUCUGAAGAUAAGAAUUUAAGUUUUGAGUAUUUCAAUUAUCUUAUAUGUGGUGAUGCCUACCUCGAUAAAGUAAUUUUUUUUAAUAUUUACAAAUAUGUAUUAUCUAACACUUUCCUCCAAGAUAAGAAAAUAGAUUAUAUUCCAAUGGUAAGUUCAAAAUAUCUAGAUGCUACAGAUAUUACUCAUCCACAUGAUUUCGUAGGCUCUAUAUUUUUUUCAUCUUGCAUAUUUUACUUGAUUCAAUCCUCUUCGAACUUUACAAAAUAAUUUUAUUUUCAAAACUUAUUUUGAUAAUAUUGUGUCAUGCUUUCACUAAAACUGCAGAUACAUGAAAUGUUGGAUAUUGUUCAUUAUGUCUUAAGUACAAAUGAUGACGAUUAUAGCUCAUUGAAUUAUUUGCACUCAUGCUUGGAAGACCUGCAAGAAAUAAUUCAAUACAAGAAGGUGGAUGCCCUUGUUGUUGAGACAUUUGGUCGGCGAAUUGAGAAGCUUCUGAGGUGAGUUGCCUUUCUUGAUGUAAUUCUAAAGAGUGAUGCUCCCUUACGAACUUAAAGAAAGAAAUUAUUCAAUUUUUAUAUUUCAGGCUCAGACUCUGUGAACAAUAAUCUAAUGCUUUUUUCAAGAUGAUCAUCCUAUUUAAAUUAUUUAUUUUGGGAUACAUUAUUAUUCGUUAAUGCAUUAUUAUAUUCAUUACUAUUUUUUUCUUAAUUAUCUUUAAACCUUGAUUUAGUGCUUAAAUAAACCUCAUAUGUGGCAGGGAAAAAUACACGUAUAUUUUACAGCAGAUCGAUGAUGGACAUAUAGAUCCCACUUCUGUCAGCAUGAUUAAUGGUGGUUCUUCAGAAAUUGAAAUGGGUCAUCGCUCACGUCCAAGCACCAUUUGUUCAAAAUUGACGGACCGGACAAGUAUUGAAGAUUUUGAAAUAAUAAAGCCAAUUAGUAGAGGAGCGUUUGGAAGAGUUUUUCUUGCAAAGAAAAGAGUUACAGGCGAUCUUUUUGCUAUUAAGGUAGCCUAGCAUUAAUAAUUUUUUGUAACAUUCCAUGAUUUUCACCAGUGAUUAUCUAUUUCUCAUUUUUAUUGUUAUAUCAAACAAUUACAUAGUACAUUCACAAAAUCAGAAGUGGAUAAAAUUUUCAUAUGGUUUUUGAGAGUCGUCAUGCGAAAGCAUACGGUCCAAAAGCUACUGUAGAUCUUUCCUUUGAUGGACUGUAUUAUGCGUGCAUUAAGAGAAAUAUAUAUCAUGGCAGCCACAUAACUGACGAUAAUAAGUUUUCCAUCGACUUGCAAUCUUAGUUCCAUAUGUGACAAGAAAAUAAUGCAAUCACCAUGAACAUUACCAUUAGACAUGGAAGUUGGCUUAGUAUCAGUGACCUUUUUCUCCCAUUGGACAUUACCAUUGCCUGCAUAAGCUCAAGGCCUAGUAUUUGUUCUAAUAGAAUGGAAAAUAGCUAACUUUAACUGAUUAUACUCAUUAUAUUUAAGGUUUUGCUCAGGAAAAGUAUACUCAGUUUAAGAAAUUUUAUUGACAUGAAUUAUUUUGAUGUAUCACUAACUUGGACAUAGGUUCUCAAGAAAACCAACAUGAUUCGCAAAAAUGCAGUGGAAAGUAUUUUGGCAGAGCGAAAUAUCCUCAUUUCUGUUCGAAAUCCUUUUGUGGUGAGAAAACCUCUCGAAUUUUGUUCAGUAAAUUAUGAGGAAUAUUUUUACAACAUAUUUAACUUUGCUCAUCAUUUCAAUCGUCAAACAGGUGCGUUUUUUCUACUCCUUUACGUGUAGGGAAAACCUUUACUUGGUCAUGGAGUACCUAAAUGGAGGGGACCUUUAUUCCCUACUAAGAAAUCUAGGAUGCUUGGACGAGGAUAUGGCUCGAACUUAUAUAGCCGAAGUUGUAAGAAUAUUUUUUUCUCUUUUUUUUCUGCAAACGCGAUAGUAAAUUAUAUUUAUAAACAGACAUUAGGUUCGGUGGCCAAUCAUCAAACCCACUGAAUGUCUAUUUGGUCGUGAACUACUUUCAGGUUCUCGCAUUGGAGUACUUACACUCCUUGAAUGUGGUCCAUCGAGACCUCAAACCAGACAAUCUACUCAUUGCGCACGACGGCCACAUCAAGGUUGGUGACCCCAGUCCUCUUUCUGUUUAAUUUUAUUUUCCAAGUUUCUUUUCUCAUCCCCAGUUAUUUAAAAAGAGCGUACCUCGUCCUCCUUGUAGUUGACUGAUUUUGGGCUAUCAAAGGUUGGCCUAAUCAACAGCACCGACGACUUAUCAGGCCCAGACUUGAGCAAUUCCUCGCUCUUGGGAGAUCAGAAUCCUGAAACCCAGACCCCAGAACAGGUUCUCAAACGAGAACAGCGGCAGGAUCAAUCAGUCGUCGGUACCCCCGACUACUUGGCCCCGGAAAUACUUCUUGGGAUGUCGCACGGUACUUAUUGCCGCUUCCAGAGAUAUAAAUCUUCAUUAUCUUAUCAGCACAUUAUUUACACUUUCCGUGAGGUUUUAAUUAUAGGCCCCAGCGCGGACUGGUGGUCCGUUGGGAUCAUUCUGUAUGAGCUGCUCGUCGGCAUUCCGCCAUUCAGUGCGGAGCAUCCCCAGGUUGCCGCCGCGCCAUUUUCUUCUUUGUGCAUCAAGUUUAAUCUGUGGGGUUAAUUUGCUCUCUUUCUGCAGAAAAUAUUUGACAACAUCAUGAACCAUAAUAUAACUUGGCCUUCAGUACCCGAUGAAAUGAGCCAUGAAGCGUAUGACCUCAUCAGCAAGUAAUCCUGGCUCUCGCAUUAGUUUUUGGAUUUAAUCUUAUCAGUUUUUUUCACGCAUCGAAUAUAUAUUGCACUGAUCAGAAGCAACUUUCAAGUGGCGUAAGUAAUCGGAAACAUAUAUGAUAUUAGUUGAAUUCAAAUGAUCUCCAGGUUCCUGAUUGAGAACCCGCUCCAGAGACUCGGUGCGACGGGGUCCGCUGAGGUAAGCUCCGUCCCAAUUUCAUGAACAAUCGGUUUACAUGGAAGGGUUAAACACCAAACCAUUUGGACAGGUCAAACGCCACCCUUUCUUCAAGUGCGUCAACUGGGAGAUGCUGGCUAAGCAGAAGGUCGUCCAAUCGAGCCCCACCACCCACCCGCUUCUCUCUCUGCCGGCGCCACCAGCGCCGCCUUCGGCAGCCCCUCUGAACAGGCCAUCUUCUUCAUAGCGCAGGCGGCGUUCAUCCCCUCCACGGAAGGCGAGGACGACACCAGCUACUUCACGUGCCGCCACACGUGGAACUCCACCGUCCGCUCGCCUGUCAACGACUACGACGACGGCACCGACUCCUGCGGAAUGAGCUGCGACAGCACCCCGCGCAGCUACGACCUCGACGAAGACGUAGGCCGGAGGCGACCGCAGCCGCCGUCUUCCUCUUCUCUCUGAGAAUCCAAAACGUUUCCGCGCUGACCCUAUGAAACUCCUCGUCUUUGUGUCGGUAGGGGGACGAAUGUAGCAGCUUGGCGGACUUCGCCGGCGGCGGCAACCUCUCCGUGAAGUACUCUUUUAGCAACUUCUCAUUCAAGGUAACGGUCUCCCGACGCCACCGGAUAGUUUCCUCGCUGGGAGGGGUUCAGACAGAUAACGGCCGCUUCUUUAUUUUUAUUUUUUUCCUUCCGCGUGGGCAGAACCUGUCUCAGCUGGCUUCCAUGAAUUACGACCUGAUAAUGAAGAACAACAGCAGCUCCCCGCCGCCCGCCAAUGCCCUGAAAUCGUAG